AGUUACAUAGGGACAGAGAAAGCAACUUUGUUGUUUGUUGUUUUAUACUGUAUAGUGAAGAAUAUGAAUAAAUCCCUAAGCUCAAUCCUAAGUUUGUCAGGAUGGAUGUAUGUGUAUGUGUGUGUUACUCUUUCCCGCAAAAACGACUGAACCGUAUGCAAUGAAAUUUGGUACGUAGAUAGUUGGACAACUGGAAUAACACCAACCAUGGUCCACUAGAACCGAACUGACUAGAACUGGUGUUAAUCUGCCAAUAAAAGUCCUGUCAAAAUCGGCCUGUGAAAAAAAGCCGAAGAGAUUCGGGGCAAAUAGACAUACAGACAAAUAUUGUAACAAAUGUCCUUCAAAUGUCCUUCCAAAAUCCUUCUCGCCUUAGACAUUAAUACAAGUAGACGUGUAUGUUAAAGAAUUAAUUUAAAAUAUCAUCUUAAAACUAAUCAAAUAUCUGAUAAAUAAUAGGAUAACAAACGCAAACAGUAUCGGCAUAAAGUGUUAACUAGUAUUAAGAACUCCUCGCUGCAUGACAUCCUGGUACAUCAGUGAAGCCACACAGUGAGUAAUCCAUAUUCACAUCCUUCUCACACUUCAAGUGACGUCUCCUGGCGAAACAAGGCUAUAACACGUGCUGCAAGAGUGACUGAGAGGCACUGAAAUAUCGUCGCGUUAAACAUUUCGUCCUACCCUCUUACGUCUGUGACGCAAUCUUACUCAGCACUUACUUAAUUUUUAACAUGUACCGCUCACCGCCGAAUUCCUCCAAAACGCUUUCUGCUCCACAACUGAACUUGCCUUCGGAUGAAAAUGACUCUGAAUCUAAUGUCACAUUAAGAUGUGAAAAACGACGACGUCUGUCUGGAGGCGAAAUUGAUGAAUUUGCGAUGUUUAAAUCAGAAAUGCAGGAACUACUUCAAAAAAUGUUCAACAAAAUGUUAAUAAAUCAAAACAUUCGUUUAGAUAAAUUGGAAAAAAGUAUAGCCGAUAUGGAUAAAAAUAUCACUUCCGUAAUAAAAACAAAUAACGACAUUGAGGCAUCGCUAAACUUCUUGUCAGAAAAAAUUGAAAAUUUGCACGAUCAAAUUAAAAUAGUUAAAAACGAAUCAAAAGAACUUAAUAUAAGAUUAAAUACCAUAGAUGCACGGUUGAACAGUUUGGAAAAGAGCAACAGGAUUACUAGCAUUGAAAUCAGGAAACUUCCCAAAAAAUUGAACGAAAAAAAGGGCGACCUCUUCUUAAUUGCCAAAAGUUUUAUAAACACUCUUUGUUUAGAGUCAUCCAAUAAUAUUACCAUACGCGAUGUUUAUCGCCUGCCAAGCCGAAGAGAAGCACUGGAGUCAACGUUGAUUAUGGAGUUCUCAGAUACAAAUAGUAAAGGUAUAGUUAUGGAGGCAGUUAGAAGAUUCAAUAGACAGACAGGAAGCCCUAAACUGAACACUCAUCAUUUCGGCUUCGACGGACAGCCUCUUCCUGUGUUUAUUUCAGAUUUUCUAACUAAAUUAGACAAACAGCUGUUUUAUCAUGCGAGAGAAUUCGCUAAAUCAGAAGGUUAUGCAUUUUGCUGGAUGACCAAUGGCCGUAUUUACAUACGCAAAAAAGAAGGUGCUCCACACAUUUAUGUUAAAACAGAGGAUCAACUAAACCAACUUAAAAACAAAAAAUGACUAGUUUUAGUUUUCUCAGUCUCUUCAUUGUCAUUAAUUCUUAUUCUUCUUAAUAUUAAUCUAAAUCCAACUUCCAACACACAAAUCAUAUCCAUUUAUUAUCCUCUUAGCAUAAACACACAUAAAAACAUACUUACAAUUAAACUCGGCAACUUUAACAAAUACCAUAAUCUUUAUGUAACCUGCUACAUACAAAAAUGCUUUUUAUUACGCCUACGUGUAAGAUUCGAGCAUAUUUUGCUUAACGAGUUUAUACAUUGCUUUGGGUGCCAGGUGUAUAGUUUUUAUUUCUAUUCCAACAUACUACCACAUUAUAAUAAUUACAAGCUUAAUGUUAUCUCACCCAGCAUUGAUAUUCUUUCUCUCUGUCGAACCUGCACUUUGUUAGCUUUGCUAUCUAACAAAAUGCAAUUUUCACGAUUCGUUAAUUACAAAUAUCCAUCUAGCUAUAUCCUGAAUAUAUUCAAUACAUGUUAUUCAUUCAAUUGUCAAUUUUUAUUAUUAAUAUUUACUUAUUUAUGGGGCAUAUUACUCAAGAGUCAUUUUUCUAUUAAAACGAAACAUUCAAUAUCGUAAUUAAUGAUAUAGCAUCCGACAUUGAAAACAGUUCUAAAAUAACAUGUGUAAACCUCAAUACAUACUCAGAAGGUCGGUACGUACUUAAGUUACACUCAAGACGCGGAUUUUCAAUUUUGACGGCCAACAUAAGAAGCAUAAACUGUAAUUUUGACAAUCUUGUAGCUAACAUUGCUGCAAUGGAUUUUAAAUUAGACGUAAUCGUGCUUACCGAAUGCUGGACAAAUGCUGAAAGUUCCCCACCGCUUUUAGCACAUUAUAAUAUGUUUUAUUCAAAAAAUAGCCUUAAUCAAAACGACGGCAUUGUGGCAUAUGUAAGAAAUGAGUUAACUAUCAAGUGUCAUGAACCUCAAAUUCAUUGAGGAAGGUAACUGCUUACUUCUAACCAUUAAUAAUAAUUGUAGCGUUAUUUGCUCUUAUAGACCCCCUUGCUACACUAACCCGAAUCCUUAUUUACACUCACUAGAUAAAGUUUUACAACAAAUUAAAACUAAGGAUGUUAUAUUCACCGGGGACAUUAAUUUAGAUACAAUAAACGACAAUACAAGUAAUUAUACUAACGAAUAUUUAAAUCUUAUGGCAAUGCACGGCCUUUCUCCAGGUAUCAACCAACCAACACGAAAUUACGCUUGCCUAGACCAUUUCAUGAUCAAAACUACAAAAUCUUGCCAUACUGCUACGUUGCCAGAACUUACCGAUCACAAGCCUAUUUUUCUUUUCAUCGAAGAACCAUUACAAAUUAAAUCGCAACCUAAAAAGACUUGUAAAAUAGACAUGCAAAAACUUGAUACUAUACUUGAACAAAGAUCUUGGUUGAACUUUAAAUUCUAUGAUAUAGAGGAUUCUAACUUGGCAACAAAAAUAUUCCUAAACUGUAUAAAUGAGGCUAUUCAGGAGAGCACAAAAGAGACUAAGAUUCCAAAAAGUAGGCAAAAACUUAAACCCUGGAUCACACCAGGGAUCCUAAGGUCUAUAAGAAAAAGAGAUGCUAUGCACAAAAAGCUCAAUAAAAACCCAGAUAACACCAUAAUGCGUGGCAUCUACUUACGUUAUAGAAACACCUGCACUAAAAUUCUAAAAACACAAAAACACAUAUACUAUAAAAAUCAACUACUCACUAACAAAGGAAAUAUGAAAAAGACUUGGAAUACAAUCAAAGAAAUUUGCAAUGUUCAUAAAAACAAAAAUAGUGAUAAUAACUUACUCUCACCUAAAACAUCUAAUAUUGAUUCACUUGACAAAGCAAACACAUUUUUCGCAACUGUAGGGCAGACUCUGGCGAACAAUAUAAUUAAAACAAUCAAUUAUUCAGAAUAUGAACUCACAAGGAAUGCGGCAAGUAGCAAUGGGCCUGUGCACUCCAUGGCUUUCACACCAACGGACAUCUAUGAAGUGAUGACUAUAGUAAACUCCUUGAAACCUAAUAGUGCGCCUGGUUGGGACGGCCUAACUACAAAAAUCCUCAAAAAGUUCUCACACAUUUUAGCCGAACCUAUAGUUUUUCUAUGCAACCUCAGUAUUAGUACUGGCGUUUAUCCUAAUGUGCUAAAAAAAUCUAUCAUAGUUCCUAUCUACAAAUCUGGUGAUUGUUUCGAACCCUCCAACUACCGCCCUAUCUCGCUUCUUCCGUGUAUCUCGAAGAUUCUCGAAAAGAUAGUCUCUAAAAGGCUAACC